AUGAGUAAUAACGAAGACUCACAAUAUUUAAAUUCCAAUGAGUUGGAUACUCCAAUCCUGGAGAACAAUGGUAUUGAUGUCUCUAAUGAAAAUGAGGCUGAUGAAUUUGACCAAGCACAACUUGAAAAACUUUCUGAAAAGGAAAUCGAUGAUGACGAUGAAGAUGACGAUAACGAUAAUAACAGUACUGUAAAGAAUAACAAUGUUAACUCAAUGAAUGAAAACGAUAGACUAAAUGAUGAUAUAAUCCCCAAUGCUAUUGUAAUUAAAAACAUUCCAUUUGCAAUCAAAAAGGAACAAUUACUAGAUAUUAUCGAUGAAAUGAACUUGCCUCUACCAUACGCUUUUAAUUAUCAUUUUGAUAAUGGAAUCUUUAGAGGUUUAGCAUUUGCAAAUUUCACUACUGCUGAAGAAACCUUGGAUGUUAUCAGUAAUUUAAAUGGUAAAGAGAUUAAUGGCAGAAAAUUGAAAGUUGAAUAUAAGAAAAUGUUACCACAAGCUGAAAGAGAAAGAAUUGAACGUGAAAAACGUGAAAAGAGAGGUCAACUUGAAGAACAACAUAGAACAAUCUCCAAUUUAUCAUUACAUUCGUUAGGAAAAAUGUCAUCUGUUAGUUUGAAUCAAAACAACAAUAACAUGUCCAACGGAAAUUUAGCUAAUGGAAAUAAUAAUGCAGCUACAGUUAGUCAUCAAAUAUUUUCAAGUUUAAUGAAUGGUAACAAGACUGGUAAUACUACUAAUAACAACAACAAUAACAUGAAUAAUAAUCAUGGCAGUGCAAAUGCUCUAGCUCAACAAAGUACCUCUAAUUCAUUCUACUCUCAGAAAUCACAAUAUCAGUACCAAUCCCAAUCACAACAACCACAAAAAUCAUCAUCUCAUCAACAACAAAUUCCACCUUUUGGAUAUGUUCAAAACAAUGGAAGUUCUCAAAAUGUCGCUACCAAUAAUAAUAGCAACAAUAAUGGUCAAUCUAACUCAAAUUCUAGUGGCGAACGUUACUACGCCCCCUUACCAUCUUCAUCAACAGUGCCAAUCCCACCACAACAAUUGGAUUUCAAUGAUCCAGACACUUUGGAAAUUUAUUCUCAAUUAUUGUUGUUUAGAGAUAGAGAAAAGUAUUACAAUGAAUUAGCCUACCCAAUUGGACUUAGUGCAAAUUACAAACGUGUAAUUAAUGUUCUUUGUUCUUACUUGAACUUGAUUGAAGUGUACGAUCCAAGAUUUGUCGUUAUCAAGAGGAAAUUCUUAGACCAAGCUAGUUUGCAAUCCCAUUUGCAACAACAAGGUCAAAUGCCUAUCAUGCAUCCAUUACAACCAAAUUCUACUGGUGGUUCAUUAAAUAGAUCUCACUCGUACACUAGUUUAUUACAAGCUCAUGCAUCCGCAGCAGCUGCAGCUGCAUCUAAUGCCAAUGAUAAUAACAGUAUUAUAUCUCACAAUUCUUCAAUUUUGAACACCAACGGUACUGCAUCUUUGUUAGCACAGACUGUUGCAGCUCAACAAGCUCAAACUUUAUCAAGAGGCGUUUUGAAUCAAGCUCAAGGUAUUGCUUCACCAACUCCUGCAUACCCAAGUAGUUUCUAUAGUAAUGAUCAAGCUCAAGGCUCAAACCCUUCUUUACAAUCUCCUCUACUUUCUGGGUCUAAUAGCCAAUCACAACAACCACUACCAUCAUCUACCACUUCUUCGCAAUCUGCUCAACAGCAGGCAUUUUUAAGACAACCCAACCCGUUAACUCCAUCAGCCAGAAUCCCAUCAGGUUAUUCAUCCAACACGCAAUUAUUGAACUCAUCUAACCCACUAUUGAGAAAUUCUAAUAUGGCAACUAACAACCCAUCAUCUCAAACUGCUACAACUCAAAGAAUCCUAUCAUCAUUACAUAACAAUUCCUCCUCACCUUCCCAACUUCAUGAUCAAAUCAUCCCAACUUCUUCAGACCAUCCUUUAUUACAACAAAAUACUAGCGGAUCUAUACAGUCUAAUUUUUCAGCUCAAUCCUUCCAUGAUGAUUCAGCUAAUAUGCUUCUAAAUGCAAAUAAUAACAGUAAUGCCGAUAUUAUUUAUGGCACCACAUCUGGAAUUGGCCUUGAUAGUGGAUUAGAACACCAUUUGAGUAGAUCUUUGAGUGGAUUAGAUGUUUCUGGUACGAUAAAUAAUAAUAAUAGCAAUAACAGUACAUCCAAUGUAAAGAGAAGUAUGUGGUAG